AUGGAACGUCAGCUCCGCCGGCUGGGAUCUGCACUCCCAGUCCCACCAGCCUUCCGCACGGACCCACUGCAGCCGCCCGAGCCAAGCCCUUCCCUGGGGCGAGCUCCAGUCCAGCCUGAGGCGCCUCUCAUCUGUGCCUGCCCAAGCCACCCGCCUGCAGCCCGGCCUCCCGGCUCGCUGCCCCGCCACGAACCCCUCUCUGGAACAGACGCUGCUAAACUUUGCUCGGAUUCGGUCCCAGGGCGCAGCCCGGUCAUACCCCAGCCUGGCCCCGGGAGUUGCCCCUCCCUGCAGCCCGGCCCCUGUGCGCCCCCUUCCCUGCCCGGGACAGCGGCGGCCAGAGCCUCCCCCCGCCUCCAUCGCCCGCCUAGCGCACGGGAAAACUCUGCGCAGCUACAAAACCCGAGCCAGCCCGUCCGGGGCGCACCGGGGCGCCUUGCCGCGGCUCCUGGAGAGCUGGCAAGGGGCGGAUUAGCGCCCGGGCACCCCCAGCGGGUCCUCGCCCUCCAACAGGGCCAUCGCAGGGGACCCGACAGCUCGAGCCAAGGCGAGCCGAGCCCCGGCCGCUGCGGGCUCGGGCCGGCUCGCACCACGGGGUUCACACCCGCGGCGUCUCUACCAAGCCCCUGCCACGGGCCCCGAGGGGAGCCGCAGGCAGGAGGCGCGGGGCUCGGCGACCCGGAGCCCCUGCCACGCGCAGUCCCCAAAGUCCCUUUCUGCCUCAGGGUUCCCAGCCGGGAUAACCUGGCCACAGCCCGGGGCAGGCGCGGAGCGCACGGGCGCCUCCUGCCCGGUCUGGUCCCUUCCCUGCGCCCCGAGAGCUGUGCUCAGCGGCUCCAGGCACCCCGGGCUGUGAGCGUCAGAGCGCAGGCUGCACCUGCCAUCGCCUGGAGAGCCGCAGAAGCGCAGCUGCCAGGGCGCGGGGAAAGCCCCUGGUGCAGCCGGGGACGUGGCGGGCUGGGGCAGGGCAGCAGCUGGCCUCUUCCCUCACCUCCAGCCGGGAAAAGGGAGCCGCAGGCGCAGCGCCCAGUUGAAUUAAGCGCGGCUACACUACGGCAUGAGCCAUGGAUGGGCUCAGCGGGCCAGGGCGCUGUCCGAGCCCGGGGAGGCGCCCCGCGCCAGCCCCCAGCUCAGUCGCAGCCCGCGGGUGCAGUCCCUGCCCUGCGGCCCCGCCGUGCCAAGCAGACAACACACUCCGGAUCCAGGACAGCGGCGGGGCACGUCUGUUCCGUUACCCGGGACCCCUUCCGCCCUGGCACCCCAGGGUGCGCGCCCCUGCCCCGCCGAAUCCAUGCCCAGGCGAGAAGCCCAGCGCGGCCCGAGGGGAAGCGAGCCCCGGGCAGGCACAAGCUUGGCGGCAGCGCGGGGAGCCUUGGCCGUGUCCGGAGAAGCUCCAGCCCCAGCGGCCCCCACACGGAGCAAAGGCUCCGGCUCAGACCCCCGCCGGGCUGGGCACGCUCCGCUCCCGUGGCGGGGUGUCCCUGGCUGCCCUGGGGGGACAGUCGUCCCCCGCAGCAGCGAAUGUGGCGCCUCCCGGAACAGCGAUCGCGGCUCCCCCCAGCCCGCAAUGCAGCGCAGAGCCCGGCGCGGGGAGGGUCGCGUUACCUGGCGCCGCUAGCCGCGAAAGACUGGGCCGGAGCACUUCCCCCGGCAGGUGCAGCUGCGGCGCGGCGGCUCCGGGCUGGCUUCACGGGCUGGCGGCGGGCUGGCCGGUCCCUGUUCCGCCCGGUGCCAUGGCUCCAGACACGCAUCCUCCGGCAGGAAGGCGGCGGCCGGCGCUCGCGGGUCCGGCUGGUGGGGCGGGGGGGUCACCCGCGCGGCCUCGCCAGCGAAAGCGCGGCUCAAGCUCCCGGGAGCGGGCAGAGCCAGGGGCUGCACAGGCCGCGCACGGGCAGCGGGGAAGGAGGGAGGGGUAAUCCGAGCCCCGCCGGGCUUCGCCGAGCCUCCUCGCUCUGCUCCCCUAACACCGCCCCGUGCGCUGCGCGCCGGAUAAUCCUGCGCUGUGCCCCGCGCUCCGCCUCGGGCCAGCCCGGUUCCGCAGCCCAGCAGCCCCAGUUCAGGCACCGGCCGGAGCGCCGCGGGCCGGGGACGCGCUCCCCAUGGCCCAGGCAGGCGGGAGCUCUUCCUGCGCUCCCGAGCUACAGCCGAGCUGCGCGGCCGGGCUCAGUCCUCGGGCUCCUCCCGCCAGCUGUCCGCGCCGCAGCCAUGCACACCCCCGCCGAGCGACACCGACCCGCCGGGCAGCCUCAUGCGGGGCAGUCGAAGUCUCAGGCGCUGAAGAGAGGCGCAGCUGUCUGCACUGGGUCCUUGCGCGUUUCCUCCACGGCUGCUACUGGCUCCAUCCUCCCCGCGGCGCGCUCCGGCGGCUGCCGCCUGGCCCCCGGGAGCCGCGGCGCUCGCUGCAGCAUGAAGCUGGCUGUGCAGCCUGCUGCCAGCCCGAGCCGCCGCCUGCUCAGCAGCGGGAAGAGCGAUGGCGCGGCGCAACGCAGCCGGGAAAGGCAGCUCCAGCCGCAGCGGGCGGGCGCAGAGCGGCGCCGGGCGCCCCCAACUCCCCUAAUCUGGAGACGUGUCUGCGAGCCCUGGAAGCCAAGGCCAGGGGCGCGCUGGGCAGCUCGCCAGCGCCCGCGGGGAUCGGGCUAG